GCCGAUUGACUACAAACUGAAGGUUUGUCAUGCACUUUCAACGAGACCUUUAGUCUUGUUGCUUCUUCUUCGUGACAUUAGCGUUCGAAUAACCUACGAUCGGAAGAUUUCUGUAAGUAAAAAAGAAAGAGAGAAACAGAAAAGAAAAGAAAGAAAAACAAUUUUAAAAAUAUUAAAAGUCGUAAGCCAUGCGUGAAUAAAAUAAAAUGUGUUACGACCACAAAUAAAGAUAAAAACGUGACAAUUUAUAGUGUACAACAUGCAUCGUCUCAAAAUACAACGAGAACAACGUCUUCUCUCGUUUUGUUCUUUUUCUAUUUCUAUUUCCGUUCAUUCCAGCUUCAUCUAAUCUUGGUCGACGCGUUAACAACGACCGAUCAAAGUAUGUAUAUUAAAUGAAUUUAUAUGAGAAACAAAGCUGAUCAAAUAAAAGAACAUAAUUAACAUUACAAUUUUUAUUUAAAAUGCAUAUGUAACAUAAAUAUAUCGUUUCGUACGAAAACCUUGUGAAAGUUUCGAUUCUGCGAGAGAACAUGAAGAAGAUCUGGAUCAUGUGAAUCCCAUGUUUGGCAGAGAAAAAAAAAGUGCAUUUGAAAAGAACUAUUAUAAUUCCAUUAAUUGUAACACUAAAUAAAAAUUACUUUUUGUAUUAACGUGCAUCCGUGUUCUGAAGUGCGAAAAAAGAUGGUACUUACUUCCAACGUUUAUAUUUAGUCGAUAAUUCAAAAUAACCGUGAACUCUUACGUACUUCCCGUAUAAAAGUAUUAACUUGCUAAGUGUGACACUCACUUCAGUAAUGAUCGUAUAAAAUGAACUUUAUUAUCAUACGCGUGUUUAACCAAUCAGUUACUAUACUCAAUAUUUUUUCGUUAUCAAUAUCGAACGAUAGUCUAUAAACGAUAAAAUAUGACAAAAUUAGAUUCAUACCAAGUCGAUCAAAAAGAGCCGCUUCUAAAUGCACUCGAGAAGCUCGGCGAAGGUUCCAAUUUUCUUUACUUGAUUUUCAUUUUAACGACGAUACCAACGUUGUUCAAUGGAAUGCAUUCUAUGGCAUAUAUCUUCAUAGCCGAAAUUCCUAAUCACUGGUGCUCCAUACCAAUUCUUACUUCAUCGAAUUGGACUGAUGAACAAAUAAGAAAUAUUUCAUCGGCCAGUUCUUGCACCCAAUACGAUUAUGACUAUGAAUAUUUUGCAAGAAUAGGUUUUGAAGAAGCUCUCAAAUAUAAGAACAAAAAUCAAACAUUAAAGACAACUGAAUGCAACGUUCGAAGUUUUGCACACAACAUACAAGGUACUUCUUUCGUGGAAGAUUGGGAUCUCGUGUGCGACAGAAUGGCUGAUAGAUCCAACACCCAGAUGAUGUUCUCUCUUGGAAAACUCUUAGGAAGCGCAUCGUUCGGUAUUAUUUCCGACAAAUUUGGUCGCAGAUUCUCUUACAUCAUCGGUAUAAUUAUGCUGAUUAUAUCUGGCCCGAUCAGUGCGAUCGUACCUUGGUUCUGGUGCUUCAUGAUCCUUAGAUUAAUAAAUGGGAUAAGCCACGCCGCCAUUUUGUAUCCUUCCUUUACUUUUCUAACCGAAAUAGCCGGUGAGAAGCAUAGACAAUGGAUGGGUGUAGCAUAUAACGCUGGAUAUCCUGUAGGAACAGCAAUUAUGGCUAGUAUAGCAUACGGAUUACAUGAUUGGCGAUACAAACAAUUGGCAUCGACAGUGCCAGCUUUAAUUAUGCUUCUUUUUAUAUGGCUAAUGCCAGAAUCACCGCGAUGGCUUUUAUCACAAAAUCGUUUAAAAGAAGCCCAGAAAGUGAUCGAGAAAUAUCACGGACCUGUUUAUAAAACAAGCACUAACUCUACAACGGCUGCGCAUAAGCCUAUAUUACAAAUUCAAUUGGAAGAAACGGAAAUGUCAAAUUCCUCGACUCAAGGACAUAAAUUAAAGAACAGUAUAAAAGGGCUAGUUAUUAUUCUCUUUAACUAUGAAUUGUUAAAAAGAGUAAUGAUCACAAAUUUCGCAUGGCUUACAGCUUCGCUCACUUAUUAUGCCUUAGCGUUAAAUGUAGACAAUUUCUCAGCUGAUCGUUACCUUUACAUUUUUGUGAUGGGUAUCACCGAAAUACCAGCUUACUUGAUACCAACGCCCAUUCUGAUAUAUUUGGGACGAAGACAAGCUUGUGCUAUAAUGUACAGUUUAACGGCAUUGCUUUUAUUCAGUAUUCUUAUAAUACCAGCUACGAAAACUUUGACUAUAAUAAUCGUCGCUCUAACAGGAAGAUUCGUAUUAUCUGCCGUGUACAGCAUCAUGAUACUAUAUACUUCAGAAUUGUUUCCUACGAUUACAAGAAAUUCUGCGGUUGGUAGCAGCUCAGCAAUGUCUCAUGUAGGUAGCAUAUCAUCUCCCUACGUCGCUGAUUUAUUAGGUGUCAUUGCUUGGUGGGCACCUAGUACUUUAUGUGCUUUUUGCGCUCUUCUAUCCGGUCUACUCUCUAUGAUGCUACCGGAAACACGUGGAAGACCAUUGACCGACACAGUAGACGAAGAAAUCACAAAAGAACGUGGUCUUGUUGAAAUAAAAAAUUGUUUUACAUGUAAUAGAUAACGAUUCGAUGUAAUAAAGUUGUACUGAAGUAUAUUAAUUAUUACCAAUACAACGUAUUCACAUCGAUUAUCUGGGAAAUUCACAAAAAUAUUAAUGCUGUGAAAUCUAUUAUUUUUACUUUCUAAUACAAAUUAAAAUUAAAAAACAUUGUAGUGAGUAUUAGUCAAUCAAAUUUUAUCAAUGCAAACGUGCGUUCGAUCGUAUAUGUGCGCAUGUAUAUGUGUAUAUAUAUAUAUACAUAUAUGUAUGUAUGUAUGUAUGUAUGUAUCUAUAUACACACAUACAUAUGAGAACUUAAUUGUUACAUACUCUACAUUAGAAUUGUUCUAAUCAAUAUUGUAAUGCAUGAAGUGUCGUAAUAUAACAAGAUGUCGUUUUUAAGAUCUGAAAAAAAUAAUUAAUAAGAUACAAUCGAAUCUAAUAAAAUUGAUAUGUUCACAUA